AUGGUCUCCGACGCCGACGCACGCGCCGCCGCCAUGCGGCCGCCGCUGGCGCACCCGUCGCCUCAAAAUGCUGUCGCUGCCGCCGCUGCCGCCGCCAUCCACGCGGGGCUGCAGCGGCUGCCGGCCGGCACGGUCACCACCUACCACUGGGUGCGCCGCGAGCCGCCCGCCCCCGCGGGGGCCCCAGGCGCCCCUGCCGCCGAGCCGCCCGCGGACGCCGCGCCGAAGCCCGCCCUGGCCGCGCACGCCGGCGCCCAGCGCUGCGCCGCGGGGGCCGCCGACGGCGGCCCGGGCGCGGUGGCCCGG